AUGGCCCGCUACCCUGGCCUUCGCGGCGUCAAAGAACCUGUCUCCACCGCGGUUCGCCAACCCGUAAAGUUGUCCUCAUAUCGAGAUGGCACAUCAAUCAAGGUUGGCAAACGUGAUACCUUCGUGUUAUCUGCGGCUCCAGUCAAGGUUGGAAUCUCCAUUCCGUGUCGAUGCUCGAAGUUCGGACGAGGUCUUAUGAACGUCGACCUGUCCCCCGAGUCGACGAUUAGGCACCUCGCCGAUGACAAUCAGGAGCCCUCUAGAGAUACUGCUCCCAAGAGCUCGUCAUCCGCUGACUCAAUUUCUGCUCUAGCUGAUGAGCUCGCGGAGUGUACCAUCCACGAGUAUGCCUCCAAUAACGGCCCGAUGUUGGAUGGUACCGACGUCGACGAUCUCUGUGAAGGGAUCUCUUCGCUCACUGUAUCUACCGACUUUGACGAUCUCUGCGACGCCUUCUCCAUGCUCGCUGUCGUCUCUGAGCUCCACAAAGAAAUGGACGAGCUCACGGACCUCUUCGCUAAGCUCACGCUCAGCAACGAAGAUAUAAACACCGAGAUGACGCUUUACAACCUCGACGACUAUACAGAUUAUUCAAUCGACUCUGGGAUGACGAUACCUGUUAAAGUGCUCGGGAAGGCCGACUCACCGCCGACUCUGCCCCGCGCUUGUGUCUCUCUGCCAUCGGAUCUUCAUGCACUGCCAUACACAAGUUCUUCCCUCUCGACGUGUUCUCUGCCAUCGAUCUCGCCAAGUUCAUCUAUCAGCAGGAUGCCAGCGACCCCCUGGGUUCCGACCGCAACAUUUAUGGACCAAUUCCCUGCGCAUAUCCGCCUGAACCCGUCUGCGGCUCUGGGAUGCGGAUUUGUAGUAGUCUCCGUCGGAUUGCGCCAACCUACCUUGACGCCGCCAGCUGCGAUCUUCACUACAUAUCGCACGGACUCGCAAACCACCCUUGACGUUGACUAG